AAAUCCAGAAAGAAGAAACACGCACACUUGUUCAUUUUAUAUUCUAUUAUACUGUAGCAACACACUUUAUCCAUUCAUUUCAUCAAUUCAAUUAUAUAUUACUCUAUUAUCCCACGUAAUCCUUAUUCUAACAAUAAUCAAUGAUUCAAUAUAGAUAGAUAGAUAGAUAGAUAAAUUUGGCCAAAUCAAUUUCAUUUUCUGUUCAGGUCAAUUUCAAAAAAAUCUCUAACAUACUACUACAACAGUGCACUACUACUAACGCAUAUAAAAAGAACUACGAUUGUGUUUGUGUGUGUGUGUGAGAGAGAGAGAGAUACUUGGAUAGAGUAAGGAAGGAUGUGUUGGGGGGGUGGGGGUGCAGCAUGGAAGGCACACACAGGGAUGGCGUUGGUGCAGCUGUUCAAUGGAGGAUAUCAUGUGAUAACAAAAGUGGCCCUGAAUGGGGGAGUUAAUGAGAUCGUUUUUUGUUUGUAUCGGGAUCUUAUCGCUCUUGCUAUCCUUGCCCCCAUUGCCUUUUUUCAUGAUAGGAGAACCAGACCAGCCAUGACUAGGCACUUUCUUAUGACACUCUUCUUUCUUGGGUUGACGGGGAUAUUUGGAAAUCAGCUUUUGUUUCUUGUUGGUCUUGGCUUCACAAAUCCGACAUAUGCUGCAGCCUUUCAACCUGCGAUUCCCGUCUUUACAUUUAUAAUUGCUACAAUGAUCAGUGUAGAGACGGUGAAUGUGCUCAAGACUGAAGGUCAGGCAAAGGUUGGUGGUACUUUUGUUUGCGUUUCUGGUGCCAUUCUAAUGGUUCUGUUCAAAGGACCAGCUUUACUGGGUUAUUCAGACAAUGUACCUGGGCAACAUCACAAAAUAACUGCAGCGGCUCAACCCGAGCUUGAUGGAUGGAUGUUUUCCGGCCUUGCCGCCUUGGGAAUGGAUAACUGGCAUCUUGGUGUCCUAUGCUUAAUAGGGAACUGCAUCUGCAUGGCAGCCUUUCUAUCUAUUCAGGCUCCACUGUUGGCCAAGUAUCCUGCAAACCUAUCCGUUACAGCAUAUUCGUACUUUUUCGGAACUCUUUUAAUGGUAGUGACGGCAGUCUCUAUGAGCAAUGAGUCAACAAACUGGCAUUUGACAAAGUCUGACAUUUGGGCAGUACUUUAUGCUGGAAUUGUCACAUCUGCAUUGAAUUAUGGACUUAUGACAUGGUCCAACAAGAUCCUGGGACCUGCGUUGGUUGCUCUUUACAAUCCACUGCAACCUGCUGCAACUGCAUUUUUGUCAAGAAUCUUUCUAGGAGAUGCAAUAUAUUUGGGAAGCAUUGUAGGAGGACUGUUGAUCAUAGCGGGAUUAUAUUUGGUGACUUGGGCAAGAUAUCGAGAAAAACAACAGGCAGCUUCACAUUUUAAUCAUUCUCGGGCAUCAGAACCACUAAUUGGCCAGGUUUUCUCUGGGCCUUCACCAUCAGUAGUCAAGAGCAUGGAUUAACUAAGGCGCGGACACUUAGUGUUCUUGUUUAUCUCCCUGUUUAAAACACUCAAAAUAGUGACAAAAUAGAAAAUUUUACUCCCCCUGGACUUGUUUUGCAUGGUUUGGAAUUUUCUAAUGAUUCAAUAGAGGUCAUUGUGUUCGUCAAGAUAAACUUGACCUAACGAAGAACAAGUAAUGAAACCAAAAGCCAUGCUCAUCUAUGAACACAAUAUUUACAAUGGAAUGUGAAUUGAAAGCAAACAAUCACAUGUUAUUGUGAAUUGUCAGGUGGUGAUAUCCAAUUUACUGAGAUGAUAAGCAGCCUAUUUUCUUUUCUUUUUUUACUUGUACUUUGUAUAUUUUUAGUGUUCUAUCUUUUUCUAGCUUGUUUAAAAUGGCGAUUUUGUUUUUAAAUACAGUGACACUGUCAUUAUAUAUGUUCAAGUUUAGAUUUAUUAUGAUAUCGA